GAUGGCUGAGUGAUUGAAUAUGGCCAUUUUUUUUAUUAUCCUGUUGAUUUGUUCUAGGCAAGCAUGGCAGAAAUUGGGUGCUAUGCCUCCAGAAGAAGCUAUGCAGAAGUAUAUUGGCAUUGUUACAGAACUAUAUCCAACUUGGGCUGCUGGUUCGACCAAAGGCAAAGGACGGGAGAGCAGUGCACCAGGAAGUGAUUCUAAAGGACCAAUGGGGCCAGUUUUUAGUUCAUUUGUUUACGAGGAAGAAUCUGGAAAUGACUUGAAGAUGGAAGCUAUUCAUGCUAUUGCUAGAGAAGGACAACUGGAUCAUUUGGUUAAAUGUAUUGAAAGUGGCGUUUCAGUAAAUGUGAAGGAUAGUGAAGGUCGAACCCCGUUGCACUGGGCUGUGGAUCGUGGUCACAUCAACAUCGUAGAAGCACUUGUUAGCAAUAAUGCUGAUAUAAACGCAAAGGACAACGAAGGCCAAACCCCAUUGCAUUAUGCUGUAGUGUGCGAGAGAGAAGCCAUUGCUGAGUUCCUUGUGAAGCAAAAUGCAGACAUCGAUAUAAAAGAUAACGAUGGUAGCUCAUCUGUUGAUCUGUGUGAGUUGGAUUGGCCUUGGAUGAGGCGUGCUGCAACAUAGGUAGACUGAUGGCUGUAUUCUCUGUUUUUUUAUUGGGGCUAAGCAGUUGUUGACAAUUGUGGAUGAUGUAUAUUGGCUAUAUGAAUAUCUAACCUGUUCACCUUUCAAAUUUGGAAAGAUCUGGGGCAUUACAUUGUUUCUGUGCCCCAUUCCCA